GGUUUCUCGAUCCGUUAACCCGCUACCGACCCAACCCGAGAUUAGCAGAAACUUGAGGACUCAGGAUGGAAGCGGGGAGAGCAGAAAGCUCUCUUUCUGUCGUUCCCUCUACGCUGCCGCCGCGACUCGCUCCCGCCGCCGAGCCGCCUCAUACUCGAGGGAUUGCAGAAUGGCCGGGGCUCCGGAAGUGCAGAAUAGGGCGGGAAGGCCGAUGCCUUCUGUUCAGGCCAGGGGGCCUCCCCCGCCUGCCCGCCCUCGCGUCGAGCCUGUCGACCGUGAGAAGACUUGCCCUCUCUUGCUUCGAGUUUUUACAAAGAUUGGUGGGCAUCAUCCGAAUGAAGACUUUGCUGUGAGAGGGAAGGAGCCAAAAGAUGAAGUCCAAAUUUACACAUGGAAGGAUGCGACUCUUCGUGAGCUCACUGAUUUAGUUAAAGAGGUAGCUCCUGCUGCUAGGAAGAGAGAUGCGAAGCUCUCAUUUGCUUUUGUCUAUCCAGAUAAGAAUGGACGUUUCGUGGUGAGACCGGUGGGGAUGACCUUUUCAUACGGAAACGGCAGACUGGACGACGGAAAGACGCUAGCAGAACUCGGCUUUCAGAUAGGGGAUUACUUGAGUGUUGCUAUCCUCUGAAAGGCAUUAGUGUUGUGGAGGACUGGAAGACUGCUCUGAUAAAUGAUGUUUUGUGGUUAGCUAGAUGGACUUGUUAAAAAGUUGUAAUCUGCUUACCGGUGUCGGUAAUCGCACAAACUCUGCCUCCUUGAAGUCAUUCUCUGAUUGUCACUUGAUGGAAUUUCAAAUAGAUUUGGGUUUGAAGUGCACCUUUGUACUGGAA